UUUCUUCUCAUAGACCAAACUCACAUUGCCAAACAAACUCGAAAAGAAAGAAGAGGAGAGAAAAAGAGAUGGCUUCUACCUCCGCCGUGUCAUUGUUCAUGCCACUCACCCAAAACCGAUCGCCGUCGUCGACAAAAACUGUAGCCUUACGCAAGCCACUAUUGCCUUUGAAGCCAUCUAAGGCGUCAUCCUCCUCCUUAGCCAUGCCUUCACGGAGGUUUCAAGUGAAUGCAUCUAACCUGAAGAUGGAGAAGGCUGUGAGCGGCUUAGCAGCAGCAGCUCUCACCGUUUCAAUGGUGAUCCCUGAGGUGGCUGAAGCCGCAGGCUCAGGAAUCUCUCCCUCUCUCAAGAACUUCUUGCUUAGCAUUGCCUCGGGAGGAUUGGUGCUCACGGUCAUUAUCGGUGUGGUUGUUGGUGUCUCCAACUUUGAUCCUGUUAAGAGAGGCUAAGGACGAGAGAUAUCUGUCUGUCAUUAUAGUAUGGUAAUAAUUUGUCAAUUCAUGUAAUAAUGAACUCUUGCAUUCUUCUUUUUCAAAAAAAAAAAAAACUCUUGCAUUCUUCUUCUAUCUUAUAUUGACAAUUCCCCAUUGGUCUCAAGAAUAUAUUUUUUA